UUUUUUUUUUAUUUUUUGGCCAAUAUGUCAAACUUACAAACAAACCGUACCAACACCACUUGGAUAUAUGGUGCUGCUGCUCUUUCUGUUCUUGCUUUAGGUUCUGGUAUCGCAUACUAUUUAGUGGAAGACGACCGAAAAGUCAGACGCAGAAAAGCAGGUCGUCGUGCCGAACGCAACACGGUGCGUGUCUUGAACCAAUACAAACAAGAAGCCGAAAAAAUCGAGUCCCAUAUGCAACAAGUCGAGCAAGAUAUCCAAGACACGACGUGUGACGACAAGGCCUUUAAACAAAAAGAAUACAUUUUGGCUCACUCUAACGAACUCUUGUUGCAGUUAAUGGAAAAAAUCGAUACAGUUCGACCUUUGACGGCUAUUAUGGGCACAGAAGCUGAUCCUAAUCCAUUUGAGCGUGAGUUGGUGGCUGUUAUCAAGUCUAAAAAGCGUAGUGUGAUUGAGUAUAUCGAAACUUUGUUUCGUCGUUUGGAUGUGACCAACGGUUUAGCAAAGAGGGAAGCCGAAAGAAGAGAAGGUGUGGCUCAAGAAAAGGCUAGACUUGAAAAAGAAGAAGCUGACCGAAAAGCAGAAGAAGAGAGACAGAGAGAAGAAGCCAGAAAGGAGAAAGAACGUCUUGCAAAGGAAGAACAAGAAAGAAUUGCUCAAGAAGAAGCUUUGCGUAGAAAGGAAGAAGAAGAACAGCGUUUGGCACAAGAGACGCUUGCCAAGGAGAUGGAAAAAGAAGUGUUCAAAGAGAUGGCUGAAGAAGACAAGGUAGUCCUUGCCGAAGAAGAGUCUAAGAACAAGGUCGAAGAAGAGCUUAAAGACAAGACUGAAGAAAAGCUUGAAGACAAGACCGAAGAAGAGCUUAAAGAUAAUGUUAAGAAACAAGCAACCACUCAAGAAGAAAUGAUCUUGACUGCCAUGAAAGAGGAAGCUGAACAAAAUGAUUUAGAAACCAAAUAAACAACUUAGAUCUGUGU